AUGGAAGGCGCCGCCACCCCUAUCACUAAAUCUGCAGCGGCCAAGUUAGUUAAGAGAAAUUUCCUUGAGGCUCUAAAGUCAAAUGACUUCGGAAAACUGAAGGCCAUUUUAAUCCAAAGGCUAAUAGAUGUGGACACAGUUUUUGAAGUUGAAGAUGAGAAUAUGGUUUUGGCAUCUUAUAAACAAGGUUAUUGGUUGCCUAGUUAUAAAUUAAAGUCUUCCUGGGCAACAGGCUUGCAUCUCUCUGUCUUAUUUGGUCACGUGGAAUGUCUUCUGGUGCUACUGGACCACAAUGCUACAAUCAACUGUAGACCCAACGGGAAAACCCCUCUUCAUGUGGCUUGUGAAAUGGCCAACUUGGAUUGUGUUAAGAUCCUCUGUGACCAUGGAGCAAAGCUCAAUUGCUACUCCUUAAGUGGACACACAGCUUUACACUUCUGUACAACUCCCAGCUCCAUUCUCUGUGCCAAGCAAUUGGUUUGGAGAGGGGCCAACGUGAACAUGAAAACCAACAAUCAGGAUGAGGAGACGCCCUUGCACACGGCUGCCCACUUCGGCCUCUCAGAGCUGGUGGCCUUCUACGUGGAGCAUGGGGCCAUAGUGGACAGUGUGAACGCCCACAUGGAGACCCCGUUGGCUAUCGCCACCUACUGGGCCCUCCGCUUUAAAGAGCAGGAGUACAGCAGGGAGCACCACCUGAUCUGCCGCAUGCUGCUGGACUACAAGGCCGAGGUCAACGCCAGGGAUGACGACUUCAAAUCCCCGCUGCACAAGGCAGCCUGGAACUGUGACCACGUGCUCAUGCACAUGAUGCUGGAGGCAGGGGCCGAAGCCAAUCUCAUGGAUAUCAAUGGCUGUGCUGCCAUCCAGUACGUGCUGAAGGUCACCUCUGUGCGCCCGGCGGCCCAGCCUGAGAUCUGCUACCAGCUCCUGUUGAACCAUGGGGCUGCCCGGAUAUACCCUCCACAGUUCCACAAGGUGAUACAGGCUUGCCAUUCUUGUCCCAAAGCAAUCGAAGUUGUAGUCAAUGCCUAUGAACACAUCAGGUGGAACGUAAAGUGGAAAAGAGCUAUCCCUGACGAUGACCUGGAGAGAUACUGGGAUUUUUACCACUCUCUCUUCACUGUGUGCAGUAACUCUCCAAGGACUCUCAUGCAUUUAUCGAGAUGUGCCAUUCGAAGAACGUUGCACAACAGAUGUCACCGAGCAAUUCCUUUGCUUUCCCUCCCAUUGUCAUUGAAAAAGUACUUGCUUUUGGAGCCAGAGGGAAUCAUUUAUUAAGCCUUAUGAGACAGAAGUUCCCAAUCCUAGAUAUUUAAGUGGACUCACCGGGUAGACACAGUUUGCAUAAA